AUGUCUUGUGUUCUGACGGAGGUCUUGGAGGAGUGGGAAGGGGGUUGUUUUUACAACGAUGAGUUGUUGGCUCAGGCUUACAUUGAAGUCCUAGCUAGUUUGAUGGACGCGCCGGAAGCGGCACGGGCAGAUAUAAGGGUGAUACCCUUUCUGCUAGUAGGCUAUCAGGCCUUGCUUCGGGUUCAAGGGGGUGGGGACAGACAGAGUGCAGUCACAUAUCGUAUGGCUCUUGCUAUGGUCGGGCAAGGAUCUGAGUGCGCUUCCGCGGCUACCGCCGCGGAGCCGCAGCCAGGUCCUUCGCGACCAGCAACUCCGCGCCCUCCCUCACCUCAACCGGGGCCAUCAAAACGGCGCCUAGAGGAGGAGAAGGAGGGCGAGGAGGAGGAGGACGAGAGUCCAACACUGGAGGUUCUUCAAACUGAAGAGCGGGAAAUAAAAAGAUUUAAAACAAAAUUUCGUGAAGAAAUUAUGCUGGUUAAAGGUUUGGGAAAUACACUUCCCUCAGAGGAGGUUAUGGAGGGCCUUUUUGACACAGUACUACAGAGGCAGAGGGAGGCUGUGGAUGCCAAAGACGACGACCGUGUGAUAGUAGAGAUUGAGAACGGUGAAUCCGCAGAUAACCCUCUUUGGCUAAGUCUGCGAAAGACUUCACAAUUAAAUGGUCGUGUCAUUCUUGACAAGCUCUCACGAAUCUUGAACAGCAAUCAAACCUUUAUGGUCGAUGGUAAGCUCAAACUGAGCUAUAUUCACAUUCCUUCACCAAAGCCAGGAGGGCGACGUAUUAAUCGCAUUGAAAAUGAGACAACAGAACAGUGGCUGACACGUAAAAUUGACAAAAAAAGCAUUUUUUCACCUGACAACACAGACAACAUGUGUUUGACGCGGAGUGUUGCGAUAGCAAUAGCACGUCACGGCAUGAACAGAAAGGCAUUCUCUCGAUUUAAAGUGGCUACCACUGGUUUGCAACAAGAAAAUGCUCUCAAACUUUGUGAAAACGCACACAUUGAUCCCACACAGCCGUGUGGGAUCGACGAGGUUGUCAAACUGCAAGAUAGUCUUCCUGACUUCCGGCUGUGUGUAUUCACAGACAAAAAUGCUGCAUGUGUGUACAAAGGGCCUUAUGUGGCGGGUCGCAAAAAUAUCUAUUUGCUUUGGCACCAAGAACAUUUUAGUGCCAUUCUCUAUCCUGGAGCUGCAUUUGACUUUCAUUUUGAAUGUGAGAAGUGUGUAGUUUUUUAUAACCACAAACUUGACCAUCACUGUGAAGGUUACUGCUGGCGCUGUUAUGGGGAAAAUCAACAUGAAGACGCACUAGUGCGGUGUCCUACUUGUCAUCAUCAUUUUGCAGGCGCUGAAUGCCUGGAAAAACACAAAACUGUCAAAAUUAAUAAUACACAGUUCACAAAAUGUGAACUUUUUAAGUUUUGCAAUAUUUGCAAAAAGAGCUAUAGUACACUCCACACUCAAAAACACAUGUGCGGUUUCAUAUACUGCAGAAAUUGUAAGGAGUCAGUCAAAGAAAAUCACUUGUGCUAUAUGUCAAAAUGGAGUGAAAAAGAAAAGAAAAAAGACUACAAGUACGUAAAUAUCUACUGGGACACAGAAUGUUCUCAGGAUAAGCCUGUAGAAGGGAAAGAGGACACGUACGAGCAUGUACCUAAUCUCAUCGUCACACAGGCAGUCUGUGAUGAGUGCAAGGACAUAACACAGAAUGAGUACUUCUGUGCCGUGUGCAAGACACGGCAGCAAAUCUUUCAUAAUUUAGACGACCCUGAACUCAAUGUCAUGGGUCAGUUUAUAGAUUACCUCCGAUCCUUCCCGGCUAAAACCAAGUUGCUCCUAAUAGCCCAUAACUCGCGCUCGUAUGACGGGCCACUGGUUCUCCAAGAGCUGAUUGCCAGGAAGAUCAAAGUCGAACCCACGCUCCAAGGAGCUAAAAUCCUCUGUUUGACCGCUGGGAACUGGAAAUUCAUAGAUUCUCUCAUGUUUUUACCCAUGCCUCUCAGUUCUAUGCCCAAAUCUUUUGGACUUACAGAACUUAAGAAGGGCUACACUCCAUUUCUGGCAAACAAGCCCGAAUACUACAAGUAUGAGGGGCCACUGCUGGACAAAGAUUUCUAUUGUGUUUCAAACAUGAAGAGGGGUGCAGCCAAGGAAUUCAAUGAUUGGUAUGAUGCACAAGUAGCAGCCAACUAUGUCUUCAACUUUAGGCGGGAGCUGAUUGAUUACUGCAUCUCUGAUGUGACGAUUCUCAGACAGGCAUGCCAGGCCUUCAGAAAACUGUUUCAAGAGGUCGGUGGCUUUGAUCCAAUGUUUAACUGUAUGACUCUGAGCAGCGCCUGCAUGGCCGCCUUUCGGCGAAAUUUUCUUGCUAAAGACACAAUCGGGAUUGUACCUGCAGGAGGCUACCACGGGCGGGGCAAACAGUCUCAUAUCGCUCUCAAGUGGCUAUCUUAUGAGGAACAUGUCUUGGGCAGAAAAAUUAAGACAAUUUACACUGACAGGGAAGUCAUGGUCAUGGGCAGGCCCGUAGAUGGAUACGUGGAGCUUCCGCUUCCUGACGGCACUUGUGAGCGCCGCAUUUACCAAUUUCAUGGGUGCUAUUGGCACAACUGUCCAACUCAUUUCCCGCCCACAUCAGAUUCCCCAGAGAAUCGGUACGUGAGAACACAAUACAUUACGGCUAUGUACCGUGAAGCAGGAUACAAAGUGGUAGUCAUUUGGGAGUGUGAGUUCAAGAGGCGUCUUGAGUCUGAUCCAGAUGUCAUGGAGUAUUUUAAGACCCACCCCACAACUACAACUACAGCUCUCAAUCUGCGUGACGGUCUAGCAGGAGGACGCACAAGCGCCCUCCGCUGGUACUACAAGGCAGACUUGAAGAACGGUGAAAAGAUAAAGCUAGUGGACGUCGUGAGCGAGUACCCCAAUGCAAACCUAAGGGGAGAGUACCCUAUAGGUCAUCCAGACAUACACCUAGAAAAUUCACCAGAGAUGCCGACCCCUGAUCUCUGGAAUGUGUAUCGCUUGGAGGACCUCGAUAAGGAUCCGAUUCAGGGCACGUUUAACGAGGCAGAGCUUCAAAAGGUCACCAAGCCCGAGGCAUUCAAAAUCGCAUAUAUAGUGCGCUCCAAAGGUAAAAAGGGUAGUCGUCAGCACUUCGUGCACUGGAGAGGUUAUCCUGAGAAAAGUCGCUCCUGGAUUUUAGAUUCUGAUUUAGUAUAA